CAACUAGCAGCACGAAACGCCUUUCUCUCUUUUGCGUUGCUCUCGAGCAAGGCAGCCCAGGGCCCUUGCGAGCAUUCUCGCAUCGAGAUAGAAGCCAGCUCCAUUCAGCCCCGCAGCAGCAACGCGAACUCAAAUUCUUCCAAAUUGCGAAAGAAACGCGAGCAGCUCCAGCAGCCCGAGACUUAGACUCCGAAAUUCCGCUCGAUUUAGAGUCGCUAGGUCUACCGCCGUUCUAGUAGCACCAUGGCGUGUGCCUCCGGGCUGACUCAGAUCUCCUCCCAAGCAGCCACAGCCGUUGGAUCGGGUCUCUCCAUUUCCAUUCCCAGGCGCUCUUUGCCUCCAGCUAGCUUCGGCCGCGGCGGCCUUCCGACCACCAAACGCCACGCGCCGUCGCAAGUAACAGCCUCCACGGCUUUCUCCUCCGCCGCAUCGGCGGGCGGUAAAUCUUCGUUUAGUACUACUAGCCACCUGCCUCCAUCGAACACUGCAGGCACUCCUAGCGGCGGUUCUGCUAUCACGUGGCCGUCCUUCACGUCCCCCUCCCCAAGGCCUCCCCCGACUCCCUCACCGCGCCCGCGCGUCCCUCUUUCCCCGCGCCCAAGCGGCGGCGGAGCGGCUUCCGCGGCCGCCUCCCCCAGCAGCAGGCGGCGCUGGCGGAAGGGGCUUCUCGUCGCAAACGGGCUCGCCGCGCUUUACGGCUCCGCGUCCGCCGUGGCACGCGCCACGGAAUCAACCCAUCCGUUGAGUCAUAUCGCCCCGCAUUUGGCGCCCCUCAUGGAUCACGUUCCCGCCGAAUACGCUUCACCCAUCCGAUUCGCCGCAGCGGCGCUCCCGUUCGCCCCUACUGCCGUCAGCACCUUCGCAGCCGCAGCAGCGGGUCGCCUGGGCGACAGUGUGCGAUCUGCGACGACGUCCGCCAAAGGCCCGCUGGAACCUGAACUGGAAUCGUCCCUGCCAGUCGGGGGUCACCUGGGCCCAGCCGAGGGGAGGGUUUCGCCGCCAUCGGAGAAAGAAGCGUCGUCAUCUGUUAUGACAGCAGAGAAGGUGGCGGAAAAGGCGGCGGAGAAGGCGGCGGUGGUGACGGCGGGAGUGGAGCUAGCGUCGUACAGCUUCCUGGGCGACCUGCUGUCGCAGUUCACCGACGCCGAUAGCGCCUCCACCCCGCUGCUGCUAGUGCUCUCGCUCCUACUCCUCCCCCUUCUCCAAUUCGCCGACCGCCUCCACCGCGAAGCCACCAACGGCUCCAGCAGCAGCAGCGGAGUCGGAAGCGGCCGCACAUCCCGUGCACCGAUCGUGUCCGCGCUCGUCGCGAUGGUGGCCCUCGUUGCCGCGAGCGGGGCCUCCACAGGCGCAGGGCCAUCCGCCCUUCUCUCCGGCCUGGGGCAGUCGCUGCCCCUAUCAACCCCGUGGCCGCUGCUCGCGUGCUUGCUCUCCCUCGUCUCCCUUCUCCGCUGCGAGGCCCACUGCACCUGCUUCGACCCGCUCUCCCUCACCGCCGUGCAGACUUCCUCUCUCGCCUCCCUCUCCCUCUUCUCCUCCCUCCUCUUUCACCUCCUCUCCUCCUCCUCCUCGUCCGCCUUCCCACACGGCAUCUUGCCCAUAAUCACCGAUGCUGCAGCUGCUGCGGCACAUGCGGGCCCCGCAGUUCCCAGCACUGCGGCGCUGCUGCCGCUGAUUUACAGCGGGCUCAUGUGCUCCGGACUAGGCACGUGGAUGGAGAUGAAGUGCCUGCAAGACAUGCCAGCGCCGGCCCUCAUGCUGGUUUUUACAUCCAUCCCCAUCUGGGGCGGGUUGCUCUCUGCCCUGGCACAGGGAGAGGUUCCGGAGAUUGGGCUGGGUGUGGCUGGGCUCGUCAUUGCUGCUGUAAACGCCGGCGCGUGGGCAGUUAUGUCCCGGAAUGGCGAUGGUGCUGCUUCAGGCCAUGCUGAAAAGGCCAGCGGCUCGGCAAACUCCAGCGGUAACAGCAGCAGCACUGUAGAUAGUAACGGCAGCUACACUCCACAGAAUAACAUGCCGGGUGCGGAAGAGGAUGCUUCAGUUUCCAAAGUGCCUGUGGAGCAGGUCAGUAACGCCCUGGUGGCUUCCCAGCUCAAGGUGCCCUUCUACUCCGCCAAGGCCAAGAGCGUCCUUCUGAAGCUGAAGCUCAAGGCCAAGGUGGCUGGAGCCAAGGUGCUGGGAGGGAAAGUAGGGGUCAAAGCUGUGGCUGCCUCUGCGUACAGUGCGUCUCACGCGCUGACGUCGGCUGUGGGAAGCGGGAGCUUUGGCGCUGGUACUGCUGAUGCUGCUGCUGCAGCGGCUGCUGCUGCUGCUGGAGGGACGGUAGAUGCGCUCUCCUCCCUUGGCGGUGGAAUGGAGAUCUCGUCGUUUGUCAGCAGCAGCAACAUGCCACUCGUGCACCAUGUUCCCAAGGUUAUGCUGAGCGUGCUUCCGGUCGCACCUGAUCAGCUGCUCUCCUCUGUGCAUCUCCAUGACGUUCUCCACGUGGUUCCCUCCUCCCUCCACCACUUCAUCCACUGACAAGGUGGAACAAGAGGGCGAGGUGCAGACAAGGGAGGCAAUGGCUGGGGGCAAUGGCCGGGCAUCAAUGGCUCCUGGUUGGGAAUGGUUGGCACUGAAUGAUUAUAUUCAUUCAUUGCCAACCAUUUGCACUUGCAUAUGGCUAUUGCAUGGCCUCGUUGAUGCGUGCUCGUUUUUGUGCUUGUUGUGCUUGUUUCAACAAGCAUUGAAAUUACUGGCCAGGAUAGAUUAGGGUGCUAUCCUGACCAGGCAUUUCCAUGCUUGUUAUGCUGCUUGUACUUAUGCUUUUUAUGAAUUUAAAUAAUGAUCCACACAUCCA